AUGUUGCGCCCCUGGCUCCGACACCUGCAGCGCCCGCUGGCGGCUUUUCCGAAGCGAUGGAUCGGUGUACAGACGCCGCUCUGGAGGGAACGACAACAGGCCAUCGCACGCUCCAAGGCGUUGCAACCGCCGCCGCCGUUUUUGGGAGGAGACCCCGGAUCUGUGGCUUCGUCCUCGAGUGCCACAGAACUGCUGCAGAGUGCGUACAACGCCGCGGAAGAAGACCAAGAGUUCGAGUGUUCAUGUUUUGUUUGGACUCUGAAGUCUCGCCCGCGAUCGGCAGAAAUUCGAAAGGCCAUUGAUUCCUCAGUGGAUGAGUCUGGACGAUCUCUUUUGCAGGUCCUGUCUGGAAAAGGAUUGGUGAGGCCCAUGACAUAUCUCCUGGACAUGCAAGCCAACGUGGCACGCAGAGAUUCCAGUGGCUUCACCGCCUUGCACGCCACGGCCCAAAACGACCAGAGCGAAGCUGCCCUGCUGUUACUGUCCCGAGGACGGGCACCGACCAAUGUGCGGAAUGCCAUGGGUGACACCCCACUUCAUUUGGCCAUCGACAAAAACAGCCGUGCGAUGGUGAAGAUGCUCAUGCGUUUCGGCGCGGAUCCCAGCUGCCUGGACACGCGGCCUUGGAGCGAUGCCGAAGCGCAGAAGUUGGUGGACUGGAGCAAGAAAUAUUCCGAGAGGGCGAAACAGCUGAUCGGCAAGAUCAACACGGUGCGCUACUUCAAGGCCUUGGGCUCGGAGCUGCCGUCGCACCUGGUGGCGCCCAAACUGGUCCUGACACCGGUUGGCUACUGCCCAGAGGAGGAUGGCAAGGUGGUACAGCUCCCCCGCGGCAUCCGCUACGCCAAGAAGAGGAAGGGACCAUCGGCGCCCAGUGGCAAAGUCAACUGGUACGCCAUUCGGGGCUAA